CUCCCUCUAUGUGGGAGCCUAAGCUAGCACCUUACAUACCCAGGUAUCCUUCCUUCAAACCUGAAAGACAAAAGUCAGUAAAUACCUAUGUGCCUAGGUAGGUUACCUAAUUAUCAACUUGACCUUCAAAUCAUCAGUCUAUACACAUGAAAGAAAUGGCGCAAUGCAAAACUUGCGCUGCCUUAACGGUAGAAGAUUUAAGAAGUUGUUCGAUCUUUUUCCACCCUAAUCUACGAUCCCUCCGGGACUCUGCGGCCGCCGGCUGUGACUUAUGUAUGUUAUGUUGGAUAGCCAUCCAGAAGAACAACACAGCAGAUGAUAUCAAGGCCGUUUUGGAUGGCAAAUUAACGAGUAUCCACGACAACGCAGGGCAACCGUUGCCCGAUGAGAGGGUUUGGCUCACCGGACUGUUCACGGAUGUAUUUCGCAACCCGAAAGGGAAGGAAACAGCUAGCGCAGCUUAUGCCGCUCGCGAGAAUGAAUCCAAUGGUAGUGAGAUUUGGGUAGACUGUGGAAGUAAAGAAGAUGCGGAAAAAAGCUUCGGGAAGCAUAUGUUGAGCGGCACAUUAAACGUAUUUGCCGAUCCAGGAACACCUGCCGCGUCUCGCCUUACUGAACGCCUUUUCACUGAACACAGAAAUAUAAACGGGGACAUCAACUUUGCCCGCUCUCUCAUGACUAAGUGCCAGGGAGGACAUCCUGAAUGCAGAGCUACAGACUCGGAAGAAGUACCUGUGAUGCCUACGCGGGUUAUAGACAUUGGUCUCUCUCCCGGCUCUAUGAAAUUAGUGCAGACUUCUCAGGAGACGCUACGUGAGCCAUACAUAGCGCUAUCCUACUGCUGGGGACAAGGGGCGAAAGAUGCUACGGAUUUGAACGACGAUAAUAUCUUCUUUCUCAUGGAAUAUAUUGACGAAGAUAAUCUAACCCUAACGCACAAAGACUGCAUCGCUAUUGCCCGCCAGUUAGGCAUACGCUACCUUUGGAUUGACUCACUAUGCAUCAUUCAGAGGAACCGGGCAGACUGGGAGUACGAGUCCAAAAGAAUGGCAGAGGUGUACGGCAACGCAGCUCUUACUAUCAUCGCUGGGCGUGCGGCGGACAGCCGUAACGGUUUCAUGAUUAACAAAGUCGAACAAGCAAUGCCACCCUGCCCGUUAUCAUUUGGUAAGAACAUGGGUAACGUCUACCUUAGUCUGCCCCGUUCGAAAAUAGAAGGCCCUGUCAGCACACGAGGGUGGUGCUUCCAAGAAAAGGUCCUUAGCAGACGGGCACUCAUCUACGCGACGGAGCAAGUCUCCUUCUCCUGCCAGCGGUCCCAACUAUGGGAAGAUGGCAGGCUAACAAUGCAUGAUCCAUCUCAUCUACGAAUAGGAUCAUUCCCAGACGCGCCAGAACUUACUAACAUGAGCUCUAAUGUGAAGCAACGCGAACUAAAACAGUCACGGACCAGAAUGCUCCGUUUAUGGUAUCAGAAGAUUCUGCCGGACUACACGCUACGACAAUUGACAGAGCCUUCUGACAUAUUCGCUGCAUGCAGCAGUAUCUCGCAGUUGGCACGAAAGACGAUUAGAUCUAGAUACCUUGCCGGCAUAUGGGAGGCAGACAUGGUACGUGGCUUAUUAUGGUGCACUGCUUAUUCGAUCAAGGGGAAUCUUAAGACGAUUCGCUGGCCUAAAUCUACAAGGCCAGUCGACAGAGAUGGAAAGAAGGUAGUUCGAGCGCCAACGUGGUCUUGGGCAGCCAUCCAAGGCCAAAUACACACUCGCGCAGAGUAUCUGCGAAAAGACGAGUUCUUCCAAGACCUCGAUAACGUCCUCAUACGGCCUUUACCUACAUCUACACAAUCAUGUCCGCCUGACGAUACCCGAAUGAAAAGCACAACACCGGACUAUACUCCGAGAUGGACCCUUCUCCCAGACCCCAAAUGCGAUGCCGACAUCCUCCAUAUGAAAACUUGCGAACUGGCUUUCCUUGGCCGCCCAAAACAUGUCCGCUGUAGUAUUCCCUCCCAACCCGAAUUGUCCUCCUUUCCGAGCCUCGGCUGGCCGCCACGUCGCCGAGCCCUCACUGAGAAUGGAUUCCUAGCGGUUCUCCAGCCUGCUGGUACAGAACACGCCUCGCUGAAAGAGCUUAACCUACCUUCUGCCGAAAUCUUCGCUCUUGCAUGCUUUGAUGUAGCUGAGGAUAACAUAGGGGCUCAGGACUGCUGGUUCCUGCCUAUCCUGAAGGAUAGACGCGAAGGGCUGUUGCUAAAAAAGGACCCGUCGGGGAUGUUCCGGCGCCUGGGUAUUGUAACGUUGGUGAAGGAGCAGUUUCGACCAUGGCUGAUCUCGGGCGCCGAGGAGGAAGUACAUCUAAUCUGACAGGAUAUCACUACCGCUACCUAACUUACCCCCCAAAACGUGGCAAAGCCAUAGGAAGCCCAAGAAUAUGAGACUUCUACACAGUUUAUGCUGAGAUACUCCUAGGUAUGGGUGAUGGCCAUUUCAGGAGUUAGCAUGGCAGAUUGGUCAGGCGGUGAUCGAGUGCUUACCUGGCUUAAGCAGGCGUUU